AUGAACCCACAAAAGUUAAAACAAAUCUUCCUCUACGGUGGAGUGACCGGUUUGACAGCUUUCCUGCUAUUCAAGAACCAAGCCAUAUUUAACAGCCAGCAACAACAAUAUCAGUCAUUGCCUUCUCAACCGGAACCGGAAUUUCUAGGGAAACUGACCAAUCGGCAGCGCCGUUUCCUAAGCUUCGCAUCCGUCGAAGCCGGUGGCAAAAUCUACAUGACUCCGCAGGAUUUCCUGCAAUCAGUGUUGGAUCAGCGGGCUCAGCACUGUUUUCGGCGGAACAUACUGACCCGGGAUCGAAUCGAUCGAUAUCAUAGGUCACUAGAGUUGAUUCCGGAAAAUUCCGUUAACUUCUUUCGGAACAGCUCCCAUCGAGGGUUGCUCUCGUUAGCCGACUAUCUAUUUUUGAUUUCGUUGCUGAUUCGUCCAGAGUAUGCCACUCAGAUAGCCUUCCGUAUGUUCGACCUAAACCAAGAUGGAGUGGUAACGCGGGAUGAGUUCAACGUUAUCCGGAAAGUUGUAUCGAUAGGUAUUCGAAGUUUAAGAAAACGAGAAGAAACUAGCGAAGUCUUGGGGAAACUAUUAACGGAUUCAACACAUGAAUUAACCAGUUUGGAAGUUCACUUUUUCGGUCUAGAUGGCAACAAGCCACUGAAGUAUGAGGAUUUUUAUCGAUUUAUGAACAAUCUGCAGCUGGAAAUCCUGCAGAUCGAGUUCGGUCGAUACUCGAAGGGACUGGACACAAUAUCCUACGAAGAUUUCGUUCGGCUUUUGUUGAAUUACUCCCAGCUGGGUCCGCGCCUCUUUGACAAGUACCUGGCAAGAUUGAAAGGUCUUCAAGUCUCCCAACCACAAAGGAUCACAUUCCAGGAGUUUGUCCAAUUCUGUCAGGUUCUGAAAAACCUCAAUGAUUUCUUCGCGACGGUUCGAUUUUUUCACUCGGGAGAAGGUCUGGUUUCGCGGGAAGAAUUUAGCCAGCUGGUCAGAGCUUGUGGAAUCAGCAGAAUGGAGUUGGGUAGCCAUUUGGUUGACGUGGUAUUUGCUGUGUUUCAUGAAGAUGAUCUACCCGGGACACUUUCAUUGGAAGGAUUUCUAUCGAUGAUGCGCAAUAGACUGCUUUACAGAAGAGAUCCUCGGCCAGUCGGAUGGAAGGCCUUCAAACGGUGUUUACGUAGGCAAAUAAAGCUCAAUUCUAGAAGUUAUGCCGUGUUGUCCAGUUUUAUUAUCCCUUUUAGUAGUUGA